AGCAACAGUGCCUACAAGACCAAGAGGCUGUCUGCAUCAAAAGCAGAGGUAGAAAGCCAUCUUUGCUAGCGACUGAGCGUGAGGGAGAAAGCCGAGACUGAGACGGCCAGAUAAGGAGCCAUGUCAGGAUCAACUCCUUCCCAAGGUACUGGAGGUGCCCCUAGUCCAGGAGCAGGAGGAGCUCCUCUCCAGACCAAUGUGACCAGCAAUCGGAGGCUGCAGCAGACACAGGCUCAAGUGAAUGAGGUGGUGGACAUAAUGCGAGUCAAUGUGGACAAAGUACUAGAAAGAGACCAGAAGCUUUCGGAGCUCGAUAACCGGGCAGAUGCCUUGCAAGCUGGAGCCUCACAAUUUGAAACGAGUGCAGCCAAGCUGAAGAGGAAAUACUGGUGGAAAAACUGUAAGAUGAUGAUCAUCCUGGGUGUAGUAUGUGCUGUCAUUCUUAUCAUUAUUAUAAUUUAUUUCUGCACCUGAAACUCUGAUGUCAAAUGACUUGGCAUGGCUUUGUUCAUACUGACUUGUUUUCUGAUAAUACCCCCGAAUGAAACCUGCUUUUCAAUUCCUUGUGUCUUGGGGCUGUUAGCCUGCAACAAUAUGUAAGAAAUUCAUAGUGUAUUUUAUGGGUAUUAUGUGUUGUUUCUAUGAUAAACUGUGCCAGUUGAAUAUUGCCAACUAGUUCUACACAUUGGUCUAUCACUGUGUCUUAAAAUGUGACCUGCAGAAACUUUCUUCAUUCUAGAAAACCAUUUAAUUGUUUUCCAAGUUAUUCAGGAACACUUGCAGAGUUUGUGUCCAAAGUGAUCUUGUCAAAUGGGCUUAAGCGGAAAGUUAAUAUGGCAGUCGGUUUGGGGGUUAUAAUUUUCAAAAUGAAGUGCCUCAUUUUAUAACCUUUUCUUAGGAUUUUGGAUUAGGCCACAGAAUCCAUCUGAAUCAGUGAGAACUGAUCUUCAGAAAAGAUGAACACCCACUAAUCAUAGUGAAGUCAAGAGGAGCUUCAGAUCUAUAGAACAUCUUAGACAUACAUGUCUGAAAGUCCACUUUUAGACUAAAUGCCUUUAAAAAAAUGAUAAUUUAUAAUUAAAGUUAGAAACUUAAAAAAAAAACCCAAACACAAGUAAACGAUUGUUUAAAUGACAAAAACUGAAGGAAACCUCUACAUUAAACAAGACACUCCCUUCUUUAUGAAGCGUUAGAGUUUAGAAAAGGGUUGCUUUAACAACUAAACAAAUCCAACAUUCUAUUAAAGUCAAAUUCUCACUUCAAUCAAUCAAUCUUUAUUACAGUCACAGACCAGCACAGAACUCUCACUUAAAUAUAAAGCUUUUAUUCAUGUUAUUUUUAUGGUUUUAAAAGCAUAGGUCAUUGCCUUUGAGUUCUGGAGCUCAUAUUAAUUCCCACUAAAAGCUUUUUAUAUACUGGGAAUGUUUGUUGUAAAUGUUAACAACUUUCUCGAGUGAGGUUCUCUUUUGCACUGACAGCAGAGCAAAAAGCAAGGAGGACAGCACAGUCAGCACAAGACUAGCUACAACCUGGCUUGUACAAUACAGCAUAUAUCCAAAUACAGAAGCAAGAAUUCAGAAGUGAUAUCAUCAGUUUGAACUGUCUGUGUCAUAUAACAAAGCUGGAAGAGUUUCCCGGGAACUUAGAUGAGAAGCUGUAACAAUCGCCCAGUAAGCAAGUGGCUACUAUUCUGGCUGCAAUAAUGUUCUCAAAACCACAUUGCCUCUCAUGGCUUCCAUAGGAGUGGCCCCUUCUUGUGACCCCUUGUGCCUGUUGGAGUUUCUAUUUGCUAGUAAAUACCAGUUGCUACAUAUUGUAAACAACACAAAAUAUGAAAUCAUUGCAAGGAAAGCAAAAACAAUUAAGACAGACAAGGAUGCCAAGAAAAUUCCAUCCUGGCUGUGCAAUCCAGCAGCCAGGGAAUGGGUCCAUAAUGAUUUGAAUGUCUAUGGCUGCAAGUGCAAUCAUAUGCAUGCACACUUGCCUGAGCUAGAAGUAAAUCUGAUUGAACUCAGUAGAACUCACCUCUGAGCAAACAGACAUAGAUUGUGUGGUUUGCCCUUAGGAUAGUGGCUGCCAACCUAAGCAAUGAAUCACGUGUGGAGUGAGCAAAUUUGCAGUUGCGCAAGAUAUUAACUUGGUUUUGCUAAAAAACGGGGAUUGUGCACAAAAGUUCCCAUUGAAAUAAAUGAAGUGUGCUACACUUGUGGAACUGUUGCACAGCUGCAAACAUGCUUGUGGUUGCGCAACACUAGUAUAGAAUGCAAACUCCAGUCGUAGUGCAACUAGCGUAUGCAAUGGGUUUGCACUAGUGUAAAGUUCUGCAAGCAGUUCAUUGCUCUGGAUGUCAGCCAGUAAUUGGGGUGUAAAAUUCCACAGCUCCAGAAUAGCACAGUGCACACUUCACACUCAGUGAGAAGUUCUCAGUGCAUUCGUGAACUGGAGCACAAAAUCAGUGGUCCUCCAACUUAUUUAAUCACAAGAUUUUAACAAGAUUUGUAGAUCCUCUUUGAGGACUGGAUUCAAAUCUAAAUACAGAUCUUCAGAAAGUUUUAUGUAUUAUACUGUAGAACUAAUACUCUUGACUACAAAACUUAUUCUUUUAUUUGUCACAUUUAUUUCUCACCCUUCCUCUAAAGAGCCCAGGAUGCUAUAGAUUCCAUUUUACCCAUUGGUGGCUCUGGGCACAGUCCCCCAUAAUAUCUCCACCAGAAGCUGCCACGUUAUUCACCUAACUAUAAGCUGAUGGCAUAAUUUUGAAUUCAGUAACAUAGGCAUUCUCUCUAUCUCUCAAGACUCUACUGCUCCAGGACCUGCAGUUUUGUUGGCUAUCGUAGGUUCCAGGCUCCGUGCCUGUGAUGGACAACAUUAGCACAAGCAUUCGCUCCCCAAGUUUAAUAUUAAGCCUCCUAGCUAAUAAUCAGCUUUUUGUUUGUUGUCACAAGGUGGGCUUGUCUUCCAGGAGCCACUUCCAAGUUCUCCAGGAACCAAUAAGGAAAGGCUCAGCUAUGAUUGAUUUACCUGAUCACUAAUCAGGAGCACCUGGAGGCAGGCGCAGUUUUUGAAUGGGGCUGGAAGGAAGCCGGAAGCCUCAUUUUAAUUAGAGAGAACACACUGAGGCUAUGCAAUGAGGCAGCCCAGCCUGGUUUGGCACCCUUGUGUGAACCACCGGGAUUGUGCCAGACCCAGUGGCUAUACAGCAGCAAACCCGCCAGAGUAGCCACCUAGUUAAAGGCGGUUAAGGGAGCAAGUGCCCCCUUAGCCUCAUUUUUUAAUAGUGUGUCAGUAACGGCUGCUUGCAGCUGUG